CAGAGGCCAAGGCACAGGCUGAGGCAGCAGAACGAGAGCGAGAGCUCCAGAAGCAGCAGAUGGCUGAGCAGCAACAGAAGAUGGAGGAUCUGAAACGGAGCUACGAGAUGAACCGUCAGGAGCUGGAGGAGAAAAUGAAGAGAGAACGGGAGUUGCUACUGGAGGAGCGGCAGAAGAUGAUAGAAAGCAAACUUGCUGAGCAAGAGGCUCUGCUGAGAGGAGGAUUCGAGAAGGAAACUAGGCGACUGAAUGAGGAAAUUCAACAUCUGCAACAGGAAAAUUCAAAAAUCAAGGAGCCAUCAUGGGUGGCCUCUCUUGUAGGAGGACUGUUGAGUGUUGCCUCGCUGUUUAUACCACCGCUUAGACUUUUAAAACGCUUUUAAACAAAUGGGAAUGGGCCCUUUCUUGGCUGCUAUUCUUCCUGUUUCCUGUCCUCAUUAUAUCUGCUAUGUAUGCCAUAAAUGUAUUUUAAUGCUUUCUGACAGUA